UAUCGGUAUGCGUGUUGCAUGUGCUGAUGGUUUCCAACAUAUUUUCAUCUCGUACACACACUACUUGUCUGCGUUUGAAGAGAGCUUCUAUCAAGUUUCAUGUAGUGAGCGAGCGAGUGACGAAGAGUGUGGUUUCUACGAGAGGUAGACUGUACCAUGGUCCUCCUGGCAAGGCCAUUAAGAGCGGAGAUUCCGUGCACGGAAAGCAGUGAUUAUGUUCGGCGCGGGGAGAGAGAAUGGGAGAGAGAGACCGGAGACGAGGAUGAGUCUGAUGCCUGGAAGAGCCAUAAACGACAAUGGGUCAAAAUGAUGCAAUAAGUGUGUGUCCUUGCAUGUUUCAUUGAUGUCUGCCGUAAGCAGAACAGACACUCUGCACUCGAGAAGCCGUUUCUCUCUCGCUACUUCUUUGAGUAACUGUGCAGUGCUAGUACCACUGCUCUCGUACUCUUGUUGGAAGAGGGCAGUCACCAUUCAGACUCCUCACUUCGUCCCCUUCUUCCCCACACAGCAGCUGAUUCUGUUCCUGUCUCCGGCCAGAGCCUGCAUUGCACUUCUUUCUCUCCAUUGUCAGCUCUCUACAGGUCUCCAGCGACAUUUAUUCUGCCAGUGUUUCAUUUCUUCAUAGUCUAUUGUUACCGUCGCGGAAAGGUUUUCCGAAGCUUGGUCAUUGUAUGUAGUGAGGAGCAACGUGCACUAAUCAAUCCGAGAAGAUUUCGAAGGAAGCUUGUGCAGCUGGUGCUCUUCGGGGCAUGCACGCCAUGGACAAGCUCCGUGCUGCAAUGGGCUAUCCUCACGGCUCUGGACUCACCGUGGAUCCUACCAAAGGAGGAUUAGCUCUACAGGAAUCUAGCACUCAGCAUUCUCUGCAACAAUUGUCUUAUGAUCCUAUCUUCGCUGAACGCGCUGCUAAGUACUCCACCUUCGGCGCCUCGAACUAUCCUCAAACGACAUACUCAUCCGCAUUUGACACAGGGAGACUACGCGACGUUUUGGAGAAGGAGAGCAAGAUCCCUCGAAGUGCCAGCUUUUCGGCUCGACUCGGCGCCCUUGGCACCGGGGUAGCUCAGCCUUUUCCUGGAGCAAACCUCAAGGAUGUUGGCGACGGUGGCACUAAUGGUGACCGCUCCCCGGAAGAGACGAAACUUAAAUGCGAUCAAAAUCACCUGAACUCUGAAGGAGUGGAUGCCACCGAGGGAGCCAAAGUGUCCAUCAACGAGUCCAUCGAAGGAGCAACUCCCCAGGAGAAUUCUUCGAGCUCACAGCAAGCCCCUAGAUCAGCCACGGCUCAAAGGAAGCGCAAAGGCAACUCAGCUGCAGAUGGGAAAGGCAAGGUUUCUUCUGAAGACAGCAAGUCCAUGGAAGCAGCCACCGAGAAGACCACGCCCCUCAAACGGCAGAAGUCAGACACUGAAGAUGUGAAGGUGGUGAAGACGGAGCAAGGCAGCGCAAGUGAGAAUUCCGGAGACUCAAUCAGCCCUCGGUCGACCUUGAAAGGGGCCACUUCCAAGCCUCCCCAAGACCUCCCCAAGCAAGACUACAUCCAUGUGCGCGCCAGGCGAGGUCAAGCCACCGAUAGCCACAGCCUUGCUGAAAGGGUUCGUCGGGAGAAAAUAAGUGAACGCAUGAAGUUUCUACAAGAUCUUGUGCCUGGAUGCAGCAAGGUGACAGGGAAGGCGGUUAUGUUGGAUGAGAUUAUCAACUACGUGCAAUCCCUUCAGCGCCAGAUUGAGUUUUUAUCCAUGAAGUUGGCUGCUGUCAAUCCCCCUCGUCUCGACCACAACUACGACCUCCUCAGCAAAGACAUGCUGCUACGGUCACGGUCUCCGGAGACCACUAUGGUGGUCUCGGAUCCGUUCGCAGGACGAUUCGGAGACCAUUUGCAAUGUCCCCCAAUGCAGAAUGUCUCAACGGCCAGUUGCAACUUGGAAGCUCUGUACUUGCGACGGUCAAUGAGUGUGCCGACGAUGACGUCGAUGGUGCAUUCCGCCGAUCAUUUUAGCGAUCCUCUAUCUCAGGUUGGGAGUAGUUUAUGUGACGGGGAUCUUCAAAGUGUAGUGGAGAUGGGGUUUAUCCAGGGUAGACAAGGUGGAUUGAAUUUAAGCUCGCAAGUCAGUCAUGGGUCAAGUUUGUGCCUGACAGGCAAGUUGAAGGUGGAGUUGUGAUUGCUCGGAGGUUGUGGAGGGGAUCUCUUGUAAUAUUUAUCAGAAAGUUCGACAAUACGUAGUCAUUGUGAGCAAGACAUGAGCUGAUUCAAAAUCUCCUUCCUGCACCCAAAUGAGCUGCGCACUUCGAUUGUAUAAUACUCAGAAGCUCAAGAAGGAACGGGCUUACACAUUUGAAAACUACAUUCACGGCAGGACUCCGUAAUUCUGAAGCGAAUUUAUGCGUUGCUGCGACGUCCCAUGCCAAGCACGAUGCAGCUCAGCAUGCCAAGGGAUCAAUUUGGUUGAGGAAAGGCAACGGACGAGAUGGCUCCACUGAGUGGGCGAAGUUUCAGAGUCAACCAAUCGUCUCCCUCUUACUAUGUUGCGACGAGGCUCACCAUUUCGGUGUCUGUACAGCAGAGAAACUUUUGACAUAAAAUCGUAGUACCUAGCUAUUCUUUGACGUUCUACAGGUAAUUGAGCACGGUCAGUCACUCUGACAUUUGCAGGAGUAGCGCUAUGUUUUUAAUACUUUUUAGACUGUGAUGAUGCAUUCACCACAUAUUUAUCUUACACACCACAUGAGUUGAGAGAGUGCCGCGUCUCUUGCUCAGACAAUUAUGUGUGACCGGAGCCUCUCCUUGGGUUGGUAUGUAUCAAUUGUUUACUCAAUAAAAACUUUUCAUGAUUUAAGUCGAAA